CUUCGGGUGUCGGGUAUUUGUCUUAGCAACAAGAGAAAAGUAACAAAGAGUGCCCCGUUCCCAGGGUUCCUGCCUCUGUGGGACUUCUGUGCUUGCCCGUGUCACUUACUGUCAGUUUGUAUCUGCAGGCUCAACACCAGGCUGGGACUGGGAGGCGUUCGCUCUCGAGUUGGGGUCCAGCACAGCCCUCUCAGCCAGCCAGCACGCACCACCACCUUCCAGCAGAGAUUUGAUGCCCGGCAGAAGAUCGGCCUGGCAGAUGCCCGCCUCAAGCUGGGAGUCAAGGACGCCCGGGAGAAGCUUUUGCAGAAUGAUGCCCGGUUUCGGAUCAAAGGGAAAGUGCAGGAUGCCAGGGAGAUGCUGAACUCCCGGAAGCAGCAGAGCACAGUGCCACAGAAGCCCCGGCAGGUGGCUGACGCCCGCGAGAAGAUCAGCCUGAAGAGGAGCACACCUGCCACCUACCCGAGCUUGCCCGUGGGGACUGUGACCCCUGCCUUGAAGCUCACCAAGACUAUCCAGGUUCCGCAGCAGAAGGCCACGGUGCCCCUGCAUGUCCAUCCCGCUGGAAUGAGGAUCAAUGUUGUCAACAACCACCAGGCCAAACAGAAUUUAUAUGACCUGGAUGAGGAUGAGGAGGUGACGGCGCCCAUCCCUUCUAAGCAGAUGAAGUUUGCAGCCUCUGGCAGCUUUCUCCACCCUGUGGCUGGGCUGAGCAGUUCAAAGCUCUCCGUGUCCAAGGCCCUCCCUCUCACCAAAGUGGUUCAGAAUGAUGUCUACACCGCUCCUACUUUCCCUGCCUCUGUUCGAACAAAAGCCUUGAUCAACAUGUCCCGGACGCUGGUGAACAAGGAGGAGCCCCACAAAGGGCUGCCACCUGCUGAGCCUGUCCUCAGCCCCUUGGAAGGCACCAAGAUGACUGUGAAUAAUCUGCACCCUCGAGUCACCGAGGAAGACAUUGUUGAGCUUUUCUGUGUGUGCGGAGCCCUCAAGAGAGCACGGCUGGUCCAUCCCGGGGUGGCAGAAGUGGUCUUUGUAAAGAAGGAUGACGCCAUUACCGCAUAUAAGAAGUACAACAACCGCUGUCUGGACGGGCAGCCUAUGAAGUGCAACCUCCACGUGGACGGGAACGUGAUCACCUCGGACCAGCCCAUCCUGUUGCGGCUGAGUGACAGCCCCUUGGUGAAGAAGGACAGCGAGCUGCCUCGGAGGCUGACCUCAGCCUCCUCUGCCAACCCACCUACCGAAGUGGACCCGGACACCAUCCUGAAGGCGCUCUUCAAAUCCUCGGGGGCCUCUGUGACCACGCAGCCCACAGAGUUCAAAAUCAAACUCUGAGCAGGGCAGGGCGGCACGGAGCAGGGCAGAGGAGGGCGGCCCUGUUCUGGCCCAGCUGGUGACCGGCGGGCAUUGAACUGCAGCCCCUGGCGUGGGAAGGGUUGCCAGGAUUGAGCUUCCUUGCCGGAUGGGACCCGCCCUUCUGUGUUGUGUCCACCUGUGCUGUUUGUGUGUCCCCACUUCCUAUAGUACGUCCUUCCCUUCCAUCUGUCACCCCCUGGGCAGGGUGUGUUUUCUCGGGGUGACCCUGCCCUGCUCCCCUUGCUGGCUGCUGACCUGAAAGCAGUGUGCUCACUUGCCUGGACAGCUCUGUGCUGCCCCUGAGUGUGGGACGGGACUGUGAGAUACCGCUACUUGGCCUGGAGCUCUGCUGAUAGGGGCAGGGGCAGCUCGAGAGCAGUGCCACUAGCCCAGCACCCACCUGCUUGGUGGCAGUAGCUCUAGUGAACUCAGAGCCUUGUCCCUCAUCACGGCCUUCCGUUCUGCAGGGCUUUGGCUCUGGGCUGCCUAUGUUGGGAGAUGCUGCUUUAUUCCUGGCUCUGCCUUUCCAGGCCAUGGUUGUCUACAGGGCAGAGCCAGGGUUGCCAGCAGCAUGUAUCUGUUCAGCUGCCACUGGGGGGCACUGUCUCUGAUACUGUGAGUGACCCGUCUGUCACCUGUUGGCAGUGGGGAAAUGGGAGGUGAGGAGCAGGUGGGCAGGCUUGCCCACAGGACUGCAGGACAUGGUGUCAGUCGCUAGAAAGGACUCCAACUGGUAAGGCUGUGGCAGGUUAGGAGCAGGUUCUGGGAGCCACAUAGAUCGAGUAUCGCGUGCCGUGAGGGGCAUGAGCCUGGGAACAAAGGGAGCCUGCUGCCUGAGCUUCGCAUCUGCCGGCCAGGCAGAAUCCAGUUUGCCCUUAAUUUCUGUGCUCAGAUCUGAGGCUGCCCACACCGGGGAACCCAGUACAGCGGCCUAGUGGCUUCACUUGCCGUUCCUGAGUGUGUGCUGCUUUUCUCCUACAACCCAUUCCAACAGGACAGACAUCUGUCCCGCUUCACCCUCCUGGCCCAAGACACCCAGAAGGCCCACGGUCCUGGCUUGUGUAUUGGGGACAGUUGGAGCCCUGCUGGGCCUUGGCUUCGAGUAGCAAUGUGCACACCCUGCUUGUGUGCCCUGCCUCCCUUCCCCUCCCACCCCUGCCAGUGGGCUCUGCUCACCAAGCUCCUGGCCAAGUGGUCCGCCAGGAGGUCGGCACCUGUCACCUGCCCUGUCCUGUGGGAUGUUACCUUGGCCACUGGAAAGAAAGCUCUGGACAGCCCUGUGUUGUUCUCACUUCUCCUGCAUUGUUCACUUGUUCUGUUCAGAAGGCGAGGAGGCACGUUAAGGGGUGGAGGUGACUGUGUAUUACUUACUGUUUC